AUGGUAACAUCUAUUGAUGAAGAAUCUGAAGAACUUGAUUCGGUUUCGGAAUUAUCAACCUCAACAUCUAUGCAAUCUCAGGAAUUAAGUUCUUGCACUUCAAUGUGUACAUCAGAAAGGAAAAUCCCUGUUUGCUCAACAUCAAAGAAUCCUUUGCCUAAGUUCCAAAUACAGCCAUCCAUAGAUAAAGCAUUUCACAAAAUCGAAACGUACCGUAGCGGUGGUAUGUUAGCGUCUAAGAUUACAAAUGGUAUCCUGUAUAUGAUUGCGAUAGAUAAACAGCCUUUUUCGAUGGUCGAAGAUGACGGAUUCAGGAAAUUUUUAAGUAUCGUGGCACCUCUAUAUACUGUACCAUGUCGAAAAACUAUCACAAAGCGUCUAGAUGAAAAGUACGAGCUACUCAGUUCAAAAAUCAGAACUAUGCUUUCGAAGAUCGAUCAUCUUUGCUUAACAACAGACAUUUGGACAGAGCCGUUCAAUACUCGGAGUUAUAUCGGCAUAACUGUACAUUACAUCAAUUUCGAAACUAUGCAACUAGAAAAUCUAUCUUUGGGGAUAAAGGAACUCGAAGAAAGCCAUGAUGGAAAUUAUAUAUCGAAAAUUAUAAGCGAAAUAUUAGAUCAUAUUCAAAUCAAUUCAGUAGUAGCUGUAAUUACAGAUAACGCUUUUAACAUCAAAAAAGCGGUACGGGAUACGUUUGGACGCAAAAGACAUAUACCGUGUUUUGCUUACACACUAAAUCUAGUUAUCCAAAACGCAAUCGCUACAACACCGGAAUUCCAGGCUAUAGUAAAAAAAACAAAUCUAGUGAAUACCGUAUUGCUCAUUCUUCCACGAAAAAAGCAUGAUGAUAUACCAGAGAUGUCAACACACACCGAUCUACAAAUUUUGAAAGAUAUCUGUGCUAUUUUGCGUCCAGUUGAACGCGUUACUACAGAGAUAUCGGGCGAGUUGUAUGUCACUUGUAGUAAGAUCAUCCCUAUCAUUAAUUGUCUGAUAAGGACUUUGGAAAAACUCGACAUUACUCAUGAGAUUUCAGAAUGCUUUCAUAAAAAUGUUUUACUACAACUCCAAAAUAGAUUUCGAGGAAAGGACUCAAACAUUGAAACAAACAGUUUUCUUUCUAUAUCUACUUUGUUGGAUCCACGCUUUAAGAAGCUGCACUUUAGCAGUUCAUUAGCGGUUUCUACAGCAAUAAGCAAGAUCUCCCAGUUAAUGAAAAAUAAUCAAAUAGAAACGCAAUGUAAUGUAGAAGAAAAUAUAAAUAUUCCUAGAAAAGAAGAUCUUUGGAACAUUCACGAUGAAUUAAUAGUUUCUUCAUCAUUAAAUUCUGACGAGCCUGGUGGCAUACCAAUCGAACUUCGACAAUUUCUUAAUGCUAAUGUUGUUAGCAGAAGUGAGGAUCCAUUCAAAAUUUGGCAAAAAUUGAAGGAUGUUUAUCCAAUGGUGUAUGAAGUUGCCAUGAAGUACUUUGUGAUUGUCGGAACAUCAGUUCCAUCUGAACGGUUGUUUAGUGCUGCCGGAAAUGUUAUCAGCAUGAAAAGAAGCAAAAUUAAGGGGAAAAGAGCGUCGCAGAUUAUAUUUUUAGGGUCUUUGCCUAAGAAAUAUUGGAAGUAG